UGUGUUUAAGGGUCAAACAGCAGAAACAAGAUGGCCGACAGUCUGCCAGCCACACGUUCAGGAAACAGCAGUGCUCUUUAAAAUCAAACGCCCCCUUCUGCUCAGAUGAUGACUGGGUCUCUAAAUGCCCCUCUGGCUGCAGACUGCAGGGUCUGAUCUCACAGAUGGAGCUUGAUGUGGAGAGAAAACUGCAGACAGUCUGUAAAACGGCACAAACAGAUGAAGACGCAGCCGAGAAAUCCAUGUCGGUGAUGACCGACGUGUACAACUCUAACCGGAGGGUCAUCGUCAACAGAUACAUUUCAGAACUGAAGUUUGUGGAACAAGCAGAAAAUCUGACCAGAAACCUCACGUCACUACRGAACCGGUCCUCCUUCCUGGAGCAAAACCUGAAAGAUCUGAACGUCCAAGUUAGGAAACAAGUGGAGGAGUUGUACCGAACAGAGGUGGACGUUGACAUGAAACUGAGAACCUGUGGGGGAACUUGCAGAUUGGCGCUGCCGUUCAGCGUCCGUCAUCACGACUACGAGACGCUUCAAACAGACCUGAACUUUACAGACAAAACGGUCCGACAGAAAAAGGAAGCUGCAGCUCCUCCUCCAAACGUCCCACACGUGAAGCUGGAGCCCGUUGAUGUGGGCCCGGUACCGUCUGCGGGAUACAGAACUAUUCCAACGGUUCACAGAGAACUGCUGACCCAGUUUGAGGACAUCGGACUGAAUCAGCUUGUCCUGGAGCUGAACGGGUCUGCAGAAGUCCACACUCUGACCUCUGCAGAGCCUGACCAAAAAACAGAGAUGAUAAACAAAUUACCCUGAUUUAUUUAGACUGUAAUAAACUUUUUAUUCAAGG